UUUUUUUUUUGCUCCGAUACUCCCAAAGCUCAGUCUGAAAGCACUCCCUUUCUCUCCCGUCUUUAAAUACUUCGAGGUGCUCAUCGCCCUCCCACAUCUUUCUCUCCAUCUCCUUCUCUUCUCCCUCCCCGUCGUCCUCCUCCUCCUUCUCCUCCUUUCAAUCGAUCCAUGGCUUCCAUCUCUGCGACGGCUAAGUCCAUUCCCACCCGGCCGCGGCAUUCCCUGCAGGCAGUUAAUGGGAUUUUUGGUCUAAAAUCAGUUUCUAUUUCCAGCCUACGGAGAAGCUUUCCAUCAAUCAGAUUGCAGCCAACCCCAAUGCGCUUCCGGGUUUGUUGUGCUGCCAAACCAGAGACAGUGCAGAAGGUGUGUGACAUCGUGAAGAAGCAACUGGCACUUGCGGAAGACAUUGCAAUCACUGGAGAAUCUAAGUUCUCUACACUCGGUGCUGAUUCACUUGAUACGGUUGAAAUUGUUAUGGGUCUGGAAGAGGCGUUUAACAUCAGUGUGGAAGAAGAGAGUGCGCAGAACAUAUCCACAGUGCAGGAUGCUGCUGAUCUGAUUGAGACGCUUGUGGCAGCAAAAUCUGGAUAAAUUGAACAAGAGUGCUUGGGAAGUGAAGUUUUUAUUUUAAGCACCCUUUAACUAUCUUAAUUUUGCGCUUUUGUCAUUACCAGCUUGCCGUUAGAUGUUAAACGUCAGAAGACUGCACUCUCAGCCUAAGGUUUUUAUCUCUUUUUUCAGUUGCACUGUAUCCAACCUGCUAUGACGGUAAACUUUUCCCAGAUUGUGAACUAAAUUAGGUUUUUGUCCGUGGCAUCCAUGUUCUGGACAUUCUAAACAAA